CAACCAAUAAUAUUCAACCAUACAGCUGUUUACACGUAGCGGUAAAGAUAAUUGUUAACCACAAAUUUCAGUUCUAUUGUUUGUUUGUUUCUCAAAAAAAUUUUGAAUAUCAAGUAAUAAGUAAAAUACAUUAUAAGUAUAAACUACUACGUUGAAAGUAAGCUUUUACAGUCUCAAAGACCAUAAAAUAUCAAUUUAAAAAGUUGGUAAAAUUCAACAAUGAGGACAGCUGUAAUUUUAAUAAUAAGCAUUUUUCUCACGAGUACUGUCAUCGGCAAUGCAUAUUACCAGAAAAAACAGUUUUAUCCUUCAGUUGUUUACAUAACAAAAUCCAAUCCUAGUAUGGCUGUGAUGUAUGCUCAGGGGCUGAUAUUCGUUUUUAUGACCAAUACGUUUCUUCGAAAAAUAUUUUUUGGCAAUCUACGUGCUGCCGAAUUAGAGCAUCUCGUAGAAAAAGCAUGGUAUGCAGUCACUGAAACAUGCUUGGCUUUUACUGUUUUCAGAGAUGAUUUCAGUCCAAAGUUUAUAGCAUUAUUUACGUUGCUAUUGUUUCUGAAAUCUUUCCAUUGGCUUGCUGAAGACAGAGUCGACUACAUGGAAAGGAGCCCGGUAAUCACAUGGCUAUUUCACUUCAGAGUGGCUACUUUGCUGUUUUUAUUAUCUUCAAUCAAUUUAACAAUGAUCGAAUAUGCCUAUAAUUCAACAGUUAUAAAAGGCGCAUCAGUACAAUUAGUAUUUGGCUUCGAAUACGCAAUAUUAUCAACUGUAGUCCUCAAUAUUACUAUUAAAUAUAUUCUCCAUACGAUUGAUUUGCAACGAGAGACUCCUUGGGAGAGCAAACCAGUAUUUUUGCUGUAUACUGAACUGGCGAUAGGUCUUAUCAAGGUCAUAUUAUAUGUUGCCUUUGUAACUGUGAUGGUAAAGUUGUAUACUCUGCCGUUGUUUGCAUUAAGACCUAUGUAUUUUACAAUGCGAAAUUUCAAAAAAGCUUUCCAAGACAUUGUAAUGUCUAGACGAGCAAUAAGAAAUAUGAAUAUGUUUUACCCUGACGCUACUUCCGAGGAGCUAGCCGCUGCCGACAAUGUUUGUAUAAUCUGCAGAGAAGAAAUGAUUGCAGCCAGUAAGAAACUUCCGUGCAAUCACAUAUUUCAUACAGUUUGUUUACGAUCAUGGUUUCAACGGCAACAGACGUGUCCAACUUGUCGUUUGAAUAUUUUAAGGUCUGCUGUCAGCAGCGUAGAUAGUCGUCAACCGAAUCAAGUACGGGGAGAUGUUUCGACAUCUCAAUCUAAUCAACCAUCAACGAUGAAUAGUGAAGGACCAAAUAAUGAGAACAACAGAUCUACUGCCAGUAGUAGAAUGACAAAUUCUGAUGGUACUUCCAUCGUUACAUCAAGUGUGCCAUUUUAUACACCACCAUUCCCAUCGAUUAUUCCAUUACCAAUCGUACCGAUUCCACCACUUCAUUUAAAUACUCUGAAUGAAGAAGAACUUCAUGAGAUGGAAGGAAAUUUACGACAAGCAGUCGAAGCUAGAAUACAAACACUUCAAAGAAUUCAACUUCUUCUCGACGCAGCUAAUGUCAUGAUGAACCAAUAUCAAAAUGCAACAGCCACAUCAAAUUCUUCCAUAUCUUCAAGAGAUAGUGCGAUACCAACGACUCCUCUAUCAACUCAAAAUUUAGCUCAACCUGCACCAUCAGUAGCAGAAUUGAGCAACAAUACAGUUGGUUCUCAUAACACUACUACACAGAAAUCAAAGCCGAACAUAACUUGCGAAGCUAGUUCUAAUUUACGUGACAUUGAUAAUGAAGAGAAUGCUCCAACGUCCGAUGCCAGAGUAGAAGAUAAUGAAACAUUAAUGUUGCGACGAAAACGAUUACAAAAAUUCUCUGUAUCAUUAACAACUCCUUAGUGUAUUUGCGUGUAUAUUUAAGAAUAAAAAUAAAUGAUACAUUGAACUCUGAAAAAAUAAUCAAAAU